AUGCUCGAUCGUUUUCGCGCCUAUAUAAGACGAACCUACGAUCGCCAUCGUCACCGUCCCACUUUCCGUUUCCUUAAACUAUUACUCCAUUUCUUCCUCUCUGCAAUCAUGGAGGGUGUCGUCGUUUCACCGAGCCAUGUUCAACCGGAACCCAGUUCAGAUCCUCCACCUUUUGAUCCCAAACAACCCGGAGUUCCCAUCUCUUAUCCUCUUAAAACCUUGGAAGAGCUUGAGUCAAGGUCCUACUUUGACUCUUUCCACUACCCUUUUAAUAAGUCCCGGGUCAAAUUGCAAUCUGCAAAAAGCGACGGUUCGCCGUUGAUGCCGCAGCGGCCAAGGAUUCUGGUUUGCCAUGAUAUGCAGGGAGGUUAUGUUGAUGACAAGUGGAUACAGGGCGGAAGUAAUGCUGAUGCUUAUUCGAUUUGGCAUUGGUAUUUGAUUGAUGUUUUUGUCUACUUUUCUCAUAGUCUGGUCACUUUGCCUCCUCCCUGCUGGACUAAUACUGCUCACAAGCAUGGUGUUAAGGUUCUGGGAACAUUCAUCUUUGAGUGGGAUGAAGGGAGAAUCAUGGCCAACAAGCUUCUGGCGACAAAAGAAUCAGCACAUAUGUAUGCUGAGCGUUUGAGUGAGCUUGCUGUUGCUUUAGGCUUCGAUGGAUGGCUACUGAAUUUUGAGAUUAGCUUGGAUGUUGGACAAAUCCCAAAUCUAAAAGAAUUUGUUCGUCAUUUAACUCUAACAAUGCACUCGUCGUUGCCUUCAUCUUUGGUCAUAUGGUAUGAUAGUGUUUGCAUUGAUGGUAGUCUUAGCUGGCAGAAUCAGUUGAACGGCGAUAACAAGCCUUUUUUUGACCUUUGUGAUGGUAUAUUUAUGAACUAUACAUGGAAGGAAAGUUAUCCCCAUGAUUCUGCUUUAGUGGCUGGUGAUAGAAAGUUUGAUGUUUAUAUGGGGAUUGAUGUGUUCGGUAGAGGCACAUUUGGUGGUGGUCAAUGGACGACAAAUGUUGCCCUUGAUGUACUGAAGAAAAGUGAUGUGUCCGCAGCACUCUUUGCCCCUGGGUGGGUCUAUGAGACCAGACAGCCACCUAAUUUUGAAACGGCUCAAAACCGGUGGUGGAGUCUUGUUGAGCAAUCAUGGGGAAUUUCGCAGAAAUAUCCCAAAUUACUCCCUUUCUACUCAGAUUUUGAUCAGGGUCGUGGUUAUCACAUCUCAAUUGACGGAGUGCAGAUUCUAGAGACUCCUUGGAAUAACAUUUCUUCUCAAAGCUGUCAACCAUUUCUAAAGUUCUCCGGAGAUGCACCGGAAGAUAAAAUUCGAGUAUAUGUUGAUUUUGAGGAAACAUCUUAUAAUGGAGGAGGAAACAUCACAUUUAAAGGCACUCUUGGUGAUGAUGCUUAUUUCACUUCGAGGCUUUUUGUAGGAGAGCUUGACUUUGGAGAUUCACCUGUUUACUUCGCAUAUUCGAUGAAAUCAGAAGGAAACUCCGUCAUAGGACUUUCUCUCGAGUUUUUAUCUGCCACAGGGGAAAAAAGAUCCGUACUCCUUGCGUCUCAGAGAAACGCUUUGCUUGCGUUGAACCGUUUCUCUAGCCAUUUCAAUAUAGUGAUUAUGCCACAUUUGGUUACCAAUAUGGACACACUAUCCGGAUGGAUUAUGCAAGAAAGUAGUGUUGUGAUGGAUGGUUACACUUUGAUAGCAAUACAUGCUGUUUGCUACCUGGCAAAUCCAAAUGUGGAAGGAUCUCAAAUUGCACAUGAGGUUCAGAAUGAAUCAAAAUAUUCUGCAGUUCUUGGCCAUCUGAACAUCCGUACUUGUUCACAGAAUCCAAAUCUCCCUCCAAGUUAUGCGGUAUUUACGGAUUUUCCACCAUCAACGUCAUGGAGCAUUGUAAGCAAGUAUAUAAAUUGGAGUUGGAAUUCUGAAAAGAUGAAGAAACUCAGUACCAAGCUACUAUGGCAAUUGAAAAGCGGGAACGGUGACAUGUUCCCCAGCUUUAAUAUUUAUGUUCAGAAACUAAUGGAUUCCAAAGUAUCUAACGGAUUUUUAAAGGAAGAGAUUGAAUACAUAGGAUCGGCAGAAGUGGAAGCUUAUUACAUAUCCGAUCUUGUUCUCUCUUCUGGUUCUCAUGCCAUCAAGUUUAUCAUUCAAAUAUGCAAUCAUGAUGGUGCAAGCCAAAAGCUGGAAGAUUCUCCUUUUUUAGUAAUACAGGUUCAAGACUCUUAA